UUUUUUUUAGUUAAAGCAUACAAAAUUUUCCAAUAUUUUAAUUUUUGCUUCCCAAGUUUUUUGGAAAUGGACAAAAUUGAUUCUUUAAUACUGCCACGUAUACUAGAAAUUAUUAGUCAAACACCAAAUUUGUGUGGGCGAGACGGUAGACAAUCUGUGUAAGGCCAUGGAAGAAUACAUGGCAAGCGAGAGCCCGGUAAAGAUGAGUUCCAGCUCUAUUCGAAGGGCAGUGAAGAAGGCUCUAGACAGAGCUCAAAGUUUGGGCAUUGUCAGUGUAGUUAUAGAAACCCUAGAACUACAGACCGAAAAGAGAGCCACAGAGGCCGUCGGCGAGGCUCCAAGAGUUAACAAUAAACGUGGCAGAUCAUCAUUAACAAAUCGCACGAAAACGAAACGGAAAGGACGCCCUGCGAAAAAGAAAUUGGGUCAGAACCGCUGGCUCAAAAACAGAAAUCGUCGUCAGGCAUCCAAAAAACGUAGAUAAAUUUGUUUUAAAGUUAUAUUAAAUUUCAAUGAUAUAAGAAAAAUUGUCCUA